CUUCUAUCCGACGAAUUCCACAACAACUCAAUCAUAUCGCGAAACCCACAACAACUCGACGCUUCGCACACACACCACAAAACAUGUCUCUCUUCCCACGCUUCACUCAGGAGUUUGCUCCCAUGUUCCGUCUCUUCGACGAAUUCGACCGCCAGGCCUUCCGCAACAUAGACCGCGAAUUCAAGUCCGUCAGCUCCUUCACGCCGAAGUUCGACGUCAAGGAAACCAAAGCGGGCUACGAGCUGCACGGCGAGCUCCCUGGCAUCGAGCAAAAGGACAUCGACAUCCAAUGGACCGACAACAGCACACUCACCAUCUCGGGCCACCACGAGCACGUCCGCGAAGAAGGUCAGCGCCUACAGCACUCCAUCGAAGAGGGCGAAUCAACUCAGCAGAAGAAACUCCAAGCUACCGUUGACGACGCCGACGACGCCAACACCGAAACCCAGGUCUCCAAGCAGCCCGAGCAGAAAGACCUGGCGAAGCAUGAGAACUCGCCUCGCUACUGGGUCAGUGAACGUAGCGUUGGAGAAUUCCACCGCAGCUUCGCUUUCCCUGCCCGUGUCGACCAGGAUGCUGUGAAGGCGAGCUUGAAGAAUGGCGUCCUGAGUAUUGUUGUGCCCAAGGCAAAGGCCCCCCAGCCGAGGAAGAUCGAUAUCGAGUAAGCGCCGUGCCUUCCGACAUUCAGGAGCGCCUUCGAUACUCGCUUCUUGGUCUUGUUUUCUGGUUUUCUGUCAGUGCAGGAUUGUUAGAGCGACAACGAGAAAGAUGCACAAGAGUAUUCUUUCCUUCAUCCAGAAUGCAAAUGAGAGCAGUGACGAAACUAGUGGAUCUGAUUGGUUUAUGGAUGGAGUUAUGCGACCAAGUCGUUUUCUGUGUGUCCUUCUUAGCUUUCCUUGCGCUUAAUGUUUAACGAAAAAUAAUUUGGGGUUGUAGUGUCAAAGUAUGAAUGUAUGUAGUUGCUUAAAUGGAUGAACAUG